CCUUGUCGAUAUGCACACUGUGGCAUCAUCUUCUUCCAGCAAAUCUCCUCUUCAAGAUAUAAUGAACACUCCCAAAUUCCAGUUGAGGAAGAUUCAGCGGGAGAUUAUCAGAGAGCGAGAUUAUAGGGAUGGACUGGAGAAGGAGCUCGCUGGAAAAAUUAGCCUUAUUGCACAAAGAGAAUCUCACAUCAACCAGCUGCAGUAUCGUCUGGACAAGAUGAAAGGGGAACAAACUGCUAAUGAGCUCAGCACCAGGGAACAAAUCCAUGACCUUGAGAUGAAGAAUAACUCGUUACAACUGCGACUCAACGAGCUUCUAAAAGAAAACAAAGAGGCUAAAAGUUCCUUUUUGUUGAUGGAGCGAAAAGUGAAUGAAGUUGAAGAGGAAAACGGCGUCCUCUCUUCACAGAUGCGGACAUUGCAUGCGCAGCUGUCCAUGUGUCGAGCGGAAGUUGUCAGGCUGACAGAAAGCCAAGCAUCUCUUCUAGAGGAGUGGAGAGCCAAAGAGGUCUACUUCAACGCUGAACUCAGUCAAGCCGCUUCACAAAAGGAGCUCCUGACUGAACAAAUUCAGAUACUCCAGGGAAAGAUUUCAUACUUGGAAGAAGAAAUUAGAGCAGCCACAAAGCAAGAUCUAGGCGAAAACAUGGGGCCAGUUAUUGAGAAAGCUCUGGAGAAAGAAGUGGCGAUGCUGAUAUUGGAGAAGGAGAGACUCGUUCAGACCAUGCAGGCCACAGAAAGAGAGAACUUGGCCUCACUUAAAAUGGAGCAAGCGCUCAAGGAAGAGCUUGAAUCGUUGAAGCUGGAAAAAGCUCUGCUCCUAAAAGAAUUGGAAAAAAAACAGGAGACCAAGUGGAUCAAGAAGGAUUUGCAGGAGCAACUUGUGGCGAAAACAGAGGCUGUGGAACGCUACAAAGCUCAGAUGGAAAGGCUGUGAGUCAUUACAAUGACAAGAAACAGCUUCUCCAGGAGAGCCAAGAGGAAGUGGCCAAGCUGAAGCACACCCUGGAAGU